GGAAACAAAAAUGGAUCGUCGUAGAAAAAAGUCCCCCGGUCUGGUCGUACGCUCGUUUAUAGACGGUCAUUUAUUCGCUGGCUCCAGGGGAUGGACUCGUUGUGAUUGGCCUGCGCAGAGAGGGGUUGCGUAAACGAGCCCGCGUAUAUAUGGAGGGAUCCCGCCAGAAUCUGCCUUAAGCUCACCUACAACGGUGACAUCAGGAACAGGGGAGCUUGCAGACACACUGAUCAACUAUUCGACCACGAAACUUUGACUGGACGCUGAUCAACCGGACCAGGUACCACCGUUGAUAAAAGUCGUGCACCGCAUUCCGGCUAUCUGAAAACUUCUUGUGAACCUGUGAACCAGUGAACCGGAAAAAGCUACCUUGAUUUGGAUCGACAUGGUUGAACAGAAAAUGUCAGUUACAUUGAGCUUACUCUCGGGCCUGCUAAUACUGGUCACCUUGUAUCCGCUCUCUGUCCAUGGUGAGCCUGACCCAAUGGCACGACCCACCAGGCCCAAAGUAUUUACGAGUGCCGAUGAACUUCGACGAUAUCUUGAUCUGGUCAAGGACUAUUAUUCUCUGAAUGGAAAGGCCAGAUACGGGAAACGGGCGCAAAUUUUUCCAGCCACCGAAAAUCCAUGGGACAUUAUGCGAGGAGGUUUUCCUCUUCGGCAACAAAAAUUUGAGCAGAAAUUACAACAUGAGAUGGAAAAUCUUUCUAAGCAUGAAUUACAAAAAGGAAUUCAGUCCGAACUGCAAGAACCACAGCAACUUGAGCCCAGACAAUUCCAACAUGGCGGAUCACAACUAUCCUAUUUAUACGACGCAAUGGCUAAAUACUAUGAUGAAUUACAGUAGUUACCCUAUAAGGACAAAAUCUAUUGUUCAAUUUAAGCAAACUGUUGACAUAGUUGAAUUAUCGAGGCUUGUUAUAAAUUCUGUAAAUUUUACGUCCGUCUUGAAGUCACAGCCCACUUCCAUUUCUACUACUCUAGUUUUCACUCUUUUAGAACAGAAGAAAAAUCAAUCUUACUUUCCCGCCUUUUUGAAAGAUCUGUCUCGCUGAAAUCUGUAUUGGAGUAACAUACGUAUUAUAAUAUAUACUAACUAAAUAAGAUGUAAAAUAAACAAGAUGAGCAUC